GAUUGUUGGAACAACAUUCCUUCCUCUGCACUGCCUUCCAAGGUUCACGCGCACGGAGCUACUUCUCAAUUUCAUUCUUCAUUAAAACAAAUUCCGCACCAUGAAAGGCUACGCAUACGCGAACUCUCCUCCGUCAUGGCCACAUCAUUCGGAACGCGAUGUCUCCACCCUUCCACCGUAUUUUCCCGUAGGCGAAAUAGGAGCGGCACCCUCGUCGUGGUCUCCGAAUUCUGCAGACCUACAGACUCCCGAUCUGGGAUUCUCCUCACCCGCGCUCUCAGACGAUUGCCAGAAUGUAUUUGAUCUCCAAUUUGGCCACUCGAUAAAUUCGGCUUCCACGGAAUCAAUCUCCCAAAAUAUGUCGUACUCUUCGCUACCGCAAGAUAGAUCAAGACAUCAAGGGAUCUCGUCUCAUUUUCCAAGUGGCUCACACGAGGUGAUCCAACAUGUUCCUCUCAAGAAGCCUGUCUCCUCUUCGUCCAGGGCAAAUGAUAGUGAUGACGCUGCUCAACGCAGAAGAUACCCCUGCCUUGUAGCUGGAUGCGGUCGUCGCUUCACGAGUCAAUACACCCUGAAGGUGCAUACAGAAGCUCACAAACCUAAACCGCGGGUGUCGUUCCCCUGUACCUUGGGAUGCAAUGAGUGGUUUUCGCGUCAGCACGAUCGACUUAGGCAUGAGGUCGCCAAGCAUAACAAGAUUUGCGAGUUCUCAUGCGAUGUUUGUGGGAGAUUCUUCUCAACCGCCAAGACGUUGGGCAAUCACAGAUGUCCUUUGGCGCAAGGGGAGACUCGAUGGGUACAUCACUAAAUUAUUUGUUUAUUUAGACGACUCGACUGGCAUAUUUCAACUUGAGAUGGCGACAGUAUAUUAACCUGUAUUCGUCAUAGUCAUGGAGAUUUUACACGCCUUGUAUGACCAUCUUGAAAUCACCUACUCUCUACGCUACAGUCAUUAUAUUCGCUCCUUGUACAGUAACUAUCUCUAUGCUAAGCACAACAACACGUCAUUCGUUUAUAAUAAACGAAUAAUUGCUGUCAGCGCCGCAAAUUUCGCUG